AACACCACCACCAAGUGAGAAUGAGACCAGCCUCUUCCUUGAAGAAUUUGUGAUGUUAGCCGACCAGAUGCUGCGAGUCGGGCGAUUAUCGAUAUGUGCUUGGACCGACCAACCAUCAAUAGCGUGAUCCUAGUCGCGCCACUUAUUGAUGGACUGGCAAGCACAAAAUGGAGUUUUCUGGGCACAUGAGUGACCAUGCCGACAUGGAGGCUUUUCAGCCCAACGCUGGACCAUCGCGCAGAUCCAAAAGUGGUAAAAGUCACGAGCGAGGCGCCUCGAAACGGAAGAAACGCCACAAGAAGGACGGCGCUAGGGCAAAGAAAAGCACCCACAAUGGCGACCAGGACCACCGUGAGCCAGAGGAUCAGCCAGCGGAGGUGGGUAGGCACUCUUACGGUCAAAGCCAAGAGAUGGGAGAAAUUCCAAACGGCCAGGGCGAACGAAUCAGUAUGGAGCGGGACCGAGACACCGAUUCGGAUGGUGGCGCUGCUCUGAACAGCAGACCUGACUCACCUGGAGGACAUCAGCCCUUUGAAAACCACGACGACCCUGCGCAGGGAGGCACUGCUGUCCAUGCAGAUGCAUCAGAGGAGCUCGACCGAAGGGACACUUCUGACAGCGAAGAGCUCUUGCCUGCACAUCAUCAGCCUCCUCCAUCGCAUCAAGUCUCACCCGAGGAAAGCGAGUACUCGUCCGAUGAAGCUCGGAAUAGCGACUCACAAGGGAGCCAAUCGAUGCAUGAGCCGAUGUUGACAGACGACGACCCGGCCCAGCGAACGAGACCAAGGAAGCGGAAGUCGCCAGAAGAUGCACAUUCCAGUACUGGUUUCCGACCAUUGAAGAGAGCCAAGACUUCCUUCAACCGCACCUACUUGGAUCUACUGAAUGAGGACAUUGAGCACGCCGUGGCCCAGUAUGUCCCUCACGGCCGCGAGACCAAAGACUUGAGGAUCAGCAUGCCAUCAUCUCAGAUCGGCACGGUGACUUGGACUCCCAUGGAAAAGGACCGCUUCUUUGAAGCCCUUGGCCGGCUUGGCCGGGACGAUUCACCAGGGAUUGCCCGCCGUAUCCGCACAAAGAGCGACUUGGAGGUCAGGCAGUACCUGAGGCUGCUCCAGGACGGGCUCGAACAGCGACGGCGGCAGAAUGAACUGGACCCCCUGGAGCUGGCAGACUUCCCGGCGGCGGUCGAGAUCAGUCACGAGUGCUGUGGGGCAUUGGACGAGGAGGCCGAUAGCCUUGCCUUGAGGCUGGAGAAUGUCGAGCAGACCAAUGAGCAACACAAGCAUGGGGAAGAAUGGCUGAUCACGCAAGAGAAGUGCAAGGACGCCAUUCAAGACGAGGCAGUGGAUGGUCCGCUGGCGCCGGAAUCUUGGUUGAACACACAGAACUGGCUGAAAAUGUCGGAGCGUCUUUUCAUGAACGGCGCUUCAGAAGACAGCAACUGGCAGUCUGUAGACGGCGACUUCCCUUCACUAAGGCACUCCACGCUGGAAGACUUCUACUCGGUCGCGCUGACGCUGACAAGACGACUGGUGUCGGCAGCGCUCUACAUUACGAAUACACGCAUACGGUCUGAGCGCGACUACCACCCAGAGGUUCUGGCCGAGGUACGCCAGAAGGACGUCCGCGCCGCAGCCUUGUCCUUGGGGCUGAUGACGGAGAAGAAUGCCGUGCUGGCCAGAGCGGCCCGGCGGUUGGGGUUGCAUAUCUACGAGCAACCACCGAAGCCCAGCGAGGAGGAGGACGAGGCGACGAUGAUGCCAUAUGACGCCGUCGAACACGCCCUGGGCCUGGACGUGCGCCGCAACAUCAGCAGUAUCAGACACAAGAUCCAGCGUAUAGGACUAUCUUCAGACGAGGAACAUGUCCCGCAGCAGCCUGCACCGGAGCACAGCGACAUGGCUUUGGAUACGGACCCGGUGGGUUCAGAUGAGAAUUACCCAUCAGACGGAGACGACGAAGAAGAACAAGGUGAGGAGGUCAGGGCCGAGGCCGACGAGGUCAUGCUGUACUCGGCAGUGGACCAGCCGCAGACAAAGAGGGACCGCGAGACGCUCUUCCGCAGGAUCAAGGCGGAGAGGGAGCAGGAGGCGUACGCGGACGCGGUGGACGCGCAGGCGACGUACCAGGAGGAGCGGCGGAUGUGGGAGGAGGUGCUGGGGAGGUCGCCGCGGCAGCCGCUGGUGGACCCUGGGCUGCCUCCGGGCGGGCGGCGGAUGAAGGUGUCGGUAGGCGCUGGGUACUCCGUGGGGAAGGACUGGAGGGCGCACACCAAGGUGGCGAGCGAGUGGGAAUCGCGCUCCCGACUGCAUGGGUGAGAAAUUACGACGCCGGCCCAGGGCAGAUAUCAAAUCUCGGGUGUGGCUUGGUAUACUUGGUAUACGCGUAUCACCAUCUUGGUGGCGUUUGUGCUGUUUAUGUAGAAGGUUGUCUCGGGGCCAGAAUAGCCUUCUGGAAUAGCCAAAUAAUCGACAUAGUCGUGAGCAUGAAGAGGAUUUGAAUGCGAGUAUAAAAUAGAGCAUUAUUCUGUGAGG